ACCAAAACAGCUGUUAGACAUUGCAACAGGGAUAUUCUGGCAGGGUGUCUGUCCAGCAUUAGUUCUGAAUACGGUUGUGGUUUUGAUAACUAAAAUGGCUGUGACUUUUGGACUCUCUUUGAGUGUUUCUUGGAUUUGUUGCCUGCUAAUUGGUGGGAUAACGUGUUUUACCCUUCAAGGUGAUGCUUAUGGGCAUCCUGCCUGCACUGGACCUGAACCAACUGGAUCCCAAGCAAGUGUGGCAUCUGGUCCAAAUGCUAAAGCUACUGGCUACAAUACCCUGGCAAGUGUGACGCAGGGUCCAAAUGCCGCAACUGCCAACCAUGCCUCUGCAGAAGCGGCUGGCCCCCGCGCCUCAGCUGAAGCAACUGCCAGCCAUACCUCUGCAGAAGCGGCCGCAGGCCCCCGCGCCUCUGCUGAAGCAACUGCCAGCCAUACCUCUGCUGAAGCGGCCGUCGGUCCCCGCGCCUCAGCUGAAGAAACUGCCAAACAUACCUCUGCAGAAGCGGCCAUCGGCCCCCGCGCCUCAGCUGAAGCAACUGCCAGCCAUACCUCUGCAGAAGCGGCCGCCGGCCCCCGCGCCUAAGCUGAAGCAACUGCCAGCCAUACCUCUGCAGAAGCGGCCGCAGGCCCCCGCGCCUCAGCUGAAGCAACUGCCAGCCAUACCUCUGCAGAAGCGGCUGGUACCCGCGCCUCUGCUGAAGCAACUGCCAAACAUACCUCUGCAGAAGCGGCCGGCCUUGAACAGACGGCCCGACCCCUCAACAAGCUAGAUAGGGAGAUCAUAAUUUGGUUUGCCAAACUCCUUAAUCGUCUUUCCCCAGUUACUGUGCCUCCAUUUGAAGAAAAGGGCAAAGGUAAUUGAGGUGAGGAAUUAUGCAAAGUAAUGCGCUUGUUUGAAAUGAGGAACUCCUUCACCAUAUGACUAAAAUGUACAUCUGAUUUGGCCACUAUUGCUGACACUUAGGUUGUACGGUUAUGAUUUGGCCUGGUGUUCCUGCUACUCUUACAUUACUCUUACAUUACAUUACAAUAAACAAUUUGACUU